AUGUAUAACUGUACCCCCCUUAUUAACCCCGUAUACCCCACCCCAUUAUACCCCACCCCUGUAUACCGUACCCCCAUUAUACCCCCACCCCUGUAUACCGUUACCCCCAUUAUACCCCACCCCCUGUAUACCGUACCCCCAUUAUACCCCCACCCUGUAUUACCGUGCCCCCAUUAUACCCCCACCCCUGUAUACCGUACCCCCAUUAUAUACCCCCCCCCACCCCUGUAUACCGUACCCCCACUGUUAUACCCCACCCCUGUAUACCGUACCCCAUUAUACUGUACCCCAUUAUACCCCCCCCCUGUAUACCGUAACCCCCAUUUAUACCCCACCCCUGUAUAA